ACGCGCAAAGGUUCUAUCGGGGCGCGGGCACGCCGCGGGAGCGCGCAGAGCUCGUCAUGUCCUCCAGGUGGAUUUCCCUGUAGUCUCUUCCCACAGACAGACCUGAUCUAAACACCUUAAUUUUCACCUUCAUCAUCAUCAUCAUCAUCGAUUCUGCUGCGCGCGCCCGUGCGUGUGUGUACAUGAUGCGCGUGCUGGCGGUCUGGACGGCGGCGGCGAGCCUGUUGUGGGCUGCAGUGGGAUGUGUUCCUCUGCUGGAUGAGAAGAGCCCUGGCUGUGGUUCCGACGGAGCGGAGGUCAGCUGUGAGCGGGUCGACACCGACGAUGUUCUUCUGAAGGCUCAGGAGAGACACCGGGGUCUGCUGAGAGAGCUGCAGGAUCUGGCCCAGAACGAGAAAGACAGAGAGCACGAAUACACCCGAGAGAGAGACGACUACGAGCUCAGCGACGAGGAAGAGGAGGAGGAGGAAGACGACAUAGCGACGAAGGAGCAGAACGAGCGAGACCUGGACGAGCUUCUCCAGGACGAGAUCCAGAAGACCGAGGUCCAGAGGAGACAAGACGAGGAGCUGGAGGAGCUUCUGAAGGAGCUGAAGAGGAAACAGCAGGAGAAGAAGCGCCGGAGGAGCGAGGAGGAGGAGGAGGAGAAGAGGAAGAGCCAGCUGGAGCUGAUGGCCGAGAAGGAGAAGGUGGAGAAGGAGCUGAAGGAGCUUCUGGAGGAGCAGAAGAACGACACCCAGAGCUGGAACAAAGAGAAGGAGAAGGAGGAGAAGCAGGAGGAGCUGCAGGAGCUGAUGAAGAAGAUGGAGCGCGUGAAGGAGGAAGAGGAGGAGGAGAAGGAGGAGAAGAAGAGGGAGAUGGAGAACGCCAGCGAUGAGGCCACCAGACAGUUCCAGAGAGAGAGAGACGAGGAAGAGGAGGAGGACAGACAGAGAGAUGAAGACGAGGAGGAGGAGGAGGAUGAAGAUGAGGAGCUGCUGGAGAUCGAAGCUGAGCUGAGGAAAGUGGCAGCGCAACUACAUGAACUACGCAGGGGUUAAACACACACACACACACACACACACACACACACACACACACAUCAUUUAGUCAUGAAGGUAUAUAUUCCUGCGCUCAUAGAGGCAG